GCUCCGAGCUGCAAAGCUUGGUGCAUCGGGUAUCCGCGGCGCUGAAAUGGCAUUGACAUGGGGGCCAGCCAUGGACUUCUGCAAUGGCCAGGCUCACAAGAUGUCCAUCCAAGCAUUUGACAAGAAUCGCUUCGUCGUCCUUUAUUCAGACAAGGCAGCCCGGGGGCCUGACCCCGCGCGCACGGAGUCCUUCGGAAACUCCGUCUUGGCUGACGUUGGAGAAUCGGGUGCCCCGACGAAAAUGCUUCGGGCAGUCCUGAUCUCAUGCUUGUGCCUGGGUGCUCCAGGCAACUUCCGAUUCACCGACAGUGCUGUCGCACGUCUGGAGGCAUCAGCAGCCACGAAAGUGAGCAAGAACGGCUUCGUGCUGGCUGCUCGAGCCUCCCCCGCCGUCGACGAGAUGAGCCCGCAGCCUGUCAAGCAGGAGGCAAUGGCCAUGUAUGGAGAGCUCGUCGGGGAAGACCUUGUCUUCGACCCAAACCCGGUGAACCUGGAGACAGAGGGUCAGAUCUGGGCCAGGGGGGUUUCCCUGAUUGCGCCCAACACCGUUGCUUACGCUUACCAGGAUGGAAAGAAUCAGCAGCUCAAGAUCGCUGUGCUGAAUAUCCAUCCACAGACUCAUCGAAUGCAGGUGGCCCAAGUGCCUGUGUCUCUGGGAAAAGGCUUUUCGCCGUAUGUGUCCAUGCUGUCGCUGCCAUACUCGGCGUCUGAUCCUUACGCUAUGACCUACUUCCAGGGUGAUGAUGGCACCAAUGUGCUCAACAUCUGUGGUCUGAGUGCAGAGCAAAAGCUGCAGAAUUGCGAGGACUUCCCGUGGCUAAAUCAGAAAGUCUCCACUGUAUCCGGUGCUUCCCUUGGAGAAGGCCGAGUCCUGAUGGCCUUUGCAACUCCGUCUGGGGUUCCGUACUACAGCCUCGUGGGCUUGUCGAAGAAAUGA